GCUCGAUGUAAUCGAUUACCGGUGGGCCUUAUCGAGCAGAGAACGCACACGUCCGCUCUCUGGAGUGAUAUAAGUAGCUAAUUUAUGGAUAAAUAGAAGAAAAUGACAGAUUACGCAGAAGAACAGCGAAACGAGCUGGAAGCUAUUGAGUCAAUUUAUCCGGAUUCGUUUACAGUGCUAUCAGAGAUACCCACGAGUUUCACCAUCACGGUGACGUCAGAUGCAGGGAAAAACGAUGAGACGGUAGAAGUGACCCUGAAGUUUACCUAUGUUGAGAAGUACCCAGACGAGGCUCCUCUGUGGGAGAUCUUCUCGCAGGAGAACCUGGAGGAUUCAGACACAGAGGAGAUCCUGUCCUUCCUACAUCAGCAGGCAGAGGAGAACCUCGGCAUGGUGAUGAUCUUCACCCUGGUGAACGCUGUCCAGGAGAAGCUCAACGAAAUCGUCGACCAGAUAAAGAACAGACGAGAAGAAGAGCAGUCACGGAAGGAUGCGGAGGCGGAGGAGGCUGAGAAGGUGGCCUUCCAAGGCACGGUGGUCACCAUCGAGAACUUUCUGGCAUGGAAAGCCAGGUUUGAGCUGGAGAUGAACGAGCUCAAGAAGAAACGUCAGAAGGAAGAGGAACAGAUAGGGAAGAUAAAACUCACAGGGAAAAAGCUCUUUGAGACAGACCACAAUCUUGACACAUCGGACAUACAGUUCCUUGAAGAUUCUGGGAACAACGUGGAGGUGGAUGAGUCACUCUUCCAGGACAUCGAUGAUCUGGAUCUGGAUGAGGACGACCCUGACUUUAACCCCUUGGAACUUGGCAGUGAUGAAGACUAAACCAGGAAGCAACUGAAAAGUGUGACCCUGCCCCCCCCAGACCUUCCCAUGUUUUCUUUCCCCCCAACAUGAACUUUUAACAAUGGUUGGCCGCACAUCUUCACUAAUUCAGUUCAAAGGGCAUUCAUAUAGCUCUUUAUUAUAGUUUCAAUCGUGAUGUCAUUAAAUCCAACAAAUUUGUGUUCA